CAAAUCAUCAACCAGCAGUUCUGCAGUUUCAAACUCUCCACAGAGAAGAAGCAGACGUUUUGCAGAAACGAGAACAAUGUCACAGGUCUCUGCAACCGACAAUCAUGCCCGCUGGCAAACUCCCGCUAUGCCACCGUUCGACGCGCUCCGAACAAGGACACGCUGUACCUUUACAUGAAGACGAUCGAACGUGCGCACAUGCCCUCGAAGCUAUGGGAGCGCAUCAAACUUCCCAACAACUACGCCAAGGCCCUGGAGAUGCUUGAUGAGAAGCUCAUCUACUGGCCCAAGUUCCUCGUCCACAAGUGCAAACAGCGUCUCACCCGUCUCACACAAGUCAACAUUCGCAUGCGGAAGAUCGCCGCCGAGGAGGAGCGCAUGGGCGAGAAGCUGGUACCGAAGAUGGCGCCCAAGAUCCGGCGCCGCGAGGAGGCCAGAGAGCGCAAGGCAGAGGCCGCCGCGAAGCUGGAGCGUACCAUUGAGCGCGAGCUAGUCGAGAGAUUACGUUCCGGCGCCUACGGCGACCAGCCCCUCAACGUCAGCGAGUCGAUCUGGAGGAGAGUCCUCAACUCCAUGGAGAAGGAGGGCGCUGGCAAGCGUGAUAAGGACAUGGAUCCUGGUAUGGAGUCGGAGCAAGAGGGUGAAGAAGAGGACGAGUCCGAGGACGACUUGGAGAAGGAGAUUGAGUACGUCUCCGACAUUGAGGAGAGCGACGAGGAGCUCGAG